GAAGAAGAAGGGGAUGAAAAAAGCAAACCUGACUGCACGACAGCCGGGCUCUCUCUCUCUCUCUCUCUCCUGCAGAAACAUGUGGAUUUCACGCGGGAGGAAGAGCUGAUCUCAUGGCAGGCACCAGCCCAUCAUCUGAUCCACUGUGAGCAGGAAUAAUCCGAGCAGAAGAGGAGAUGACACACCGGCACGCGCCAUCGCUGCUCGCCCUGUCGGCUCUCCUGCUCUGCACGUUCACACGCAGCUCAUCAUCAGCAUCAUCAGAGCUGAGAGGCAGGAACAGCAGUCAUGGAGAUCCAUCAGCAAAGAAUAAACAGAUAACAGGCCACAACCACGGCAGUCAUUCUACUUUCGUGUCAGAGGGGGGUGGACUGGGUCCAGAUGAAGGGGUGUCACCAGUCUGUGCCUACAGAGUGAUCGAGGGGGGCAUUUCCGGUCAGCUUUGCUUCAGACGCACGCUCUUCGGGUACAAGUGUCUCACAGAGGACUGCAGGACGCAGGUGUCUUUGGGGACUCUGGUGGCCAACGUGCUCACCAAUGGCAGCGUGCUGUUACAGUGGACGCACGAGGGGGACUCCAAGCAGACGAGCCGGGAUGAGAAGCCCCCCGGCGCGGGCCCCGGCCCCGGUUCAACCCGGUCCAGCAGUGUUUUCAGGGACCGGAGCCACAGACGUGGAGGCUACGAGCUGAGCUGCUGGUGGAACGGAAGCUACACCCAGUUCGAGUGCGCGAGCGUCCACCUGGGCUCGGGCUGCAGGGACUUCUUGUUGUCCGAGCUGCACGAGAACAUCCCAUACCGGAUCUGUCUGCGUCCCCUAACCCGCCCCGAGCCCGACCAGAGGCCCGCGGACUGCGUGGAGUUCACGCUGCCGACGUCUGGGAUGCAGGACAUCGUGAUCGCCAUGACAACGGUGGGCGGAGCCAUCUGCGUGAUGCUGGUGAUCAUUUGUCUGCUGGUGGCCUACAUCACAGAGAACAUCAUGAGUCCCGCCACGAAGCACACGUACUACCGCACUCAUCCACGCCACUGAGACCAAUAAACAC